GCUGAAAAUUAAUCCGGCUUCGUAAAGUUUGCCCAGAUGUAUUAUAAUAAUUUUAACCAUGAUGGUUGCUUUACCUGGCUGGAAUGUGAUUGUAGAAUUUGCCUGAGGGCACUACAUCGAUGGCAGAUACUACGAGGAAGGUUGUAUUACGAUGGCCGAACAAGGAGGACACAAUGACCACUGGCAUUCGUCCGGACGCCAUCGUAUCUACCUUGGUUCAACGUGCCUUUGGGCAAUCCCUUGGUUUCGGAGAAGUGAAGCUUGGAGCUGACAGCACGACCAAUCAUUCCCUUUGCAUGGACACAGUCAAGCUCACCGUCUUGUCACGCAACAGCGUCUUCAAGUGUGGCCAUCCCAUUCUGACUUUUCAAGUAAAUGGAUUUCAAUUAGUUUUUUACAUGACACAAAUGAUACAUGCCAAUUUCUUUACCAUGACAGAAAUUGGCUGCAUUACCCUACCUGAAAUAUUAUCCUGCCUUUACUCAUUCGUCACACUGAAAAAUAUCCGUACGUUAUUGCGCGUCACCCUUUAUUUUGGCAUUGCUGUUACCAAGCAGAUUCAUCACCAUCUGUCGUUGCACCUGUCAGCACGCCAUCCCCCACAUCCCCCAAAGUUGCAUAUCCAAUCGACACCUCAACAUUUUCUCCCUCUGUAAGUUCCCAUACCACACAGUUAUUCCAGAUGAUUAACCAUACCACCUCGAAGUGUCGUGACUGUAGCAUCCAAUAUAAAUAAAAUUCAUGUUAUCAAAUAUA